CCCACUUCCGCUGCCGCAGCAGGUCCGAACCUAGGAUCCGUCUUCGCUUUGCCACUGUCCUCCGCUGCCACUAUGCCGCUGGAGAACCUGGAGGAGGAGGGUCUGCCCAAGAACCCCGACCUGCGCAUCGCGCAGCUGCGCUUUCUACUCAGCCUGCCCGAGCACCGCGGGGACGCGGCGGUGCGCGACGAGCUGAUGGCGGCGGUCCGCGAUAACAACAUGGCUCCAUAUUAUGAAGCCUUGUGCAAAUCCCUCGACUGGCAGAUGGACAUGGACCUACUUAAUAAAAUGAAGAAGGCGAAUGAAGAAGAGUUGAAACGUUUGGAUGAGGAGCUGGAAGAUGCUGAGAAGAAUCUGGGAGAGAGUGAAAUUCGGGAUGCAAUGAUGGCAAAGGCUGAGUACCUCUGUCGGAUAGGUGACAAGGAGGGAGCUCUAACAGCCUUUCGCAAGACAUAUGACAAAACUGUGGCUCUGGGUCACCGACUGGAUAUUGUAUUCUAUCUCCUUAGAAUUGGCUUAUUUUAUAUGGAUAAUGAUCUCAUCACACGAAACACAGAAAAGGCCAAAAGCUUAAUAGAAGAAGGAGGAGACUGGGACAGGAGAAACCGCCUAAAAGUGUAUCAGGGUCUUUAUUGUGUGGCUAUUCGUGAUUUCAAACAGGCAGCUGAACUCUUUCUUGACACUGUUUCAACAUUUACAUCCUACGAACUCAUGGAUUAUAAAACAUUUGUGACUUACACUGUCUAUGUAAGCAUGAUUGCCUUAGAAAGACCAGAUCUCAGGGAAAAGGUCAUUAAAGGAGCAGAGAUUCUUGAAGUGUUGCACAGUCUCCCAGCAGUUCGGCAGUAUCUAUUUUCACUCUAUGAAUGUCGUUACUCAGUUUUCUUCCAAUCAUUAGCCGUUGUGGAACAGGAAAUGAAAAAGGACUGGCUUUUUGCUCCUCAUUAUCGAUACUAUGUGAGAGAAAUGAGAAUUCAUGCAUACAGCCAGCUGUUGGAAUCAUACAGGUCAUUAACUCUGGGCUAUAUGGCAGAAGCGUUUGGUGUUGGUGUGGAAUUCAUUGAUCAGGAACUCUCCAGAUUUAUUGCUGCUGGGAGACUACACUGCAAAAUAGAUAAAGUGAAUGAAAUAGUAGAAACCAACAGGCCUGAUAGCAAGAACUGGCAGUACCAAGAAACUAUCAAGAAAGGAGAUCUGCUACUAAACAGAGUUCAGAAACUUUCCAGAGUAAUUAAUAUGUAAAACCAUGUAAACAGAAUUUCCUUUUUUAUAGUUUACUUAAAGUGCCCACUUCACCUGUAUAAAAUAAAUACUGCUUGUUUCAGUUUA